AUGGAGGUGGACGCUACGGACCCCGCGGGGCCUGUGGACGUCGAUGCGCUGACCGAUGUAGCGAUCCGGCUGCGGCUCGUCGAUGAAGGACAAAUUAGAUUGAAUCCAACGUACCAGCGGGAGCUCAUGCGUUUCUUACACGGGCUGCUGACGAGCUCGGAGGAGACGGUGCAGCAACAGCCCGCGCAGCAGCAGGCAGUCGCCGCGGCCCUUCAUCACCAAAUCUCAGAACUGUGUGUAAAAAACACAGACAUGUUUGUGCGUGCACAGACGUCGUUCGAUGAGAUGCCAGGUGUUUUGGCGCGUGCAGAUCAGUACCUGACCUCGGUGACGGACUCGCACAUGCCCCGACUGAGCAAGGCCGCGGCCGCUUUUGCGACAGAAGCGCAGCAGGCACUGGCCAUUCGCCAUGUCGUAUUGGAAGUGAAAAAUGCACACAGGGAAGGUGUCCUGGAUAUACUCCGUGUUUCCUCCUAUGUGCGCCGCUAUGUGUCGCAGGGGCAAUAUGAGCCGGCUCUUCAGCUCCUGUGCCACUUUGUGGGGGUACUUCCGUCGGCAGCAUCACCCACAUCCAAGCUGCUCCGCGAAGAUCUGUUUCACGCGAUUGAAUAUACAGAGCGCGUGCUCGUCCAGGCGUUGUGUGAUGCACCGAUCCAGCUGGCCCAGGCGCGCCACAUGGCUUCGCUCUUGUACCGCACCGUGCAGAUCGCUCAGGGACCUUAUCGCGACACGAGUGUAGACCUGCGUGCCUCGGAUGUGUGCUUUCAUAUGCUCCAUGCGAGUAUGCAGCGCGUCAGGGCGAGUCUGUCGUUGACCCAAGGCAUCCUAUCCGUUAUGGACACAUGGAAAGAAUUGGUGCUUUCAACGUGCCGCGUUGCACUCUCUUUGUUUGUGGACGACCCGGUCGAGGGUAGUCAAGCGGAUCCUGCGUGUGGCCUUCUGAUGGGCUCGUUUGUGACGCACGCCACAGACCUGCUCUAUGCGUGCUUGUCUUCCUAUUUGUACACGACUACGCAUCACCUCCCAGGCCCUCCGAGUCGCUGGGCUUCGGUAGCCGAGCACCUGGACGCCGUACACACCAGGCUGUGCACCGUGUCCGACAGCCUUGCGGACGUGGGCGCCUCUUUGGCACUGGAGCUGCUACCCUACCAGGGCGAUCCCUCGUCGCCUCUUAGUGCCUGGGACCAUGCCGCCCUGGCCUUGUGGACGGGCGCCCUCUCGGCUAUCGAUUGGGACCGGCACGAGGCGCCACCGGCGCCGCCCAAGGGGUGCGAGGCAGCCCACACUGUGCCGGCUGCCAUAUUGUCGUUCCCCACACUCGCACAGGGGGCCGCCCAGCUGGUCACAGCGCUCAAUACCCUGCGACACUUUGCGCCACGCCGCAUCCAGAAACCCGCCGUGCAGGCACUUGCUGAGCACCUUGCACAGCAUAUACCGGCGCCAGAUGACGCACGCACCUGUUUUGUUGAUGUGGUUGCACCAUGGGCCGCCUCAGCCCUCGUAAAGGGCGUGCUGGACGACAGCCAAGAUGCACAGUCCGCACUGAGCGCCUGCCCGGCCUGGGUCGCAUUCACGCAUACGACUCAAGGUCCAGCGUGA